CUCCUCUUCCCUCCUAAAUCGCCAGAAUCAGACAUAUCCUGGAGCUCCGUUGCUCAGAGUGCAGGAUUUCCGAUCUAAUGCUGCACUCGUUGGUGCAAAAUCAUAUGUUGACACUCUUAAGGGUUUCUCGGCGGUCGCGCAUCCACCGUCUUCUUCGAAGGAGACGAUACCAUCUAUCCAAGAGACGGUCACUCAGGAGGCCCUCAACCCAAAAGCACCAACAGAGAACGAUGGUAACUCCUUUCUUCCCCGUCCUGUCAAAGACAUCAUCCCUAUGGUUUUUAGCAUCUUUGAGAAGAGUUCACGCUGUCUACAUCUAUUUAUAAUAAAAAGAUAUGUAUCUCUGAGUUUUUCAAACGAAGGAAGCACCCAAUUUGGCUUGGUUUGGAUGCUGGAUACUGGCUUCUCAAUACGUUAUCUAAAUUCACCAUGGAUGGGUCCAUAGAUUGUCCAGUCAAGACAGAACCUAAGAGAUCCCUCUUUCUUAGAUUUAGACCUAGCCCUAAAGGAUCUUUUCUUCAACUCAUAGAAAGAAGACAAGAUGGAAGGAGUAUGAUAUUCAUCCCGGAAGGCCAUCAAGGUAAUGGCUUUACAACCUUUAAAGCUAGAUUGGAGCUAGUCCUUAAACACCUAUCUAGGGCUAUUCCCCCUCCUGAACCUUUCAUAGACAGAGCUUUAGUUUGCGGAUUUUCAAUUCCCACUCCCACUGAUACAUCCAUGUACAUUUCCUCCACUCUAUUCAAGUUGGAAGUCGGCUCUGUCAUGGAACUAACAAUAAACCCUUUAGCAAAUCCCAAUCCCCCCUCUGCAGUCUGUCAGACCUCAACUCCUGCACUGAAUCCCUCUACAUGCUCCCUCCUCUCUGCAAAAGCCAAAGAUUUUGUCCCUAAAACAACCCAACAUCCGGUUCCCACUUUAAGUCUAGCACCUCCUCAACCGGAUCUCACUUUCUUGGGUUGUUCAACAUCGGAUACUGAAAGAGAUAACUCUUGGAACAUCUCUAAAGCCUAUGGAUCUGAUUUUGAGCAGCAACAUUUUUCACAGAAAGGACACCUUCCAUUAGAUGACACCUCUGAAUGGGAAACUGAUUUGGAAUCAGAUGAAGAGGAGAGUAAAGGGGAUUGGCAUGCAACGAAAGAGUCUGUCAAGAAAAGAAACCAAGCAAGGUUUGAAAAGCUCAUAAGCCACAUUCAAGGAGGGGUCAUAAAUAAACCAAGAAGAAGUAAGAGACUUGCUCAACUAAGGAACCAACUCAUUGAUGAAAGAAACCUAGAGUCAUUCAACUUGGGAUAUGCAGCGGGCAAGUAGUGAGAAAGCAUAAUUGUGGGGUCUCAACUCAAGCAUUGUUUGGAGGGGUCUAUGUACGAAACUUGAUUUGGACUUAUAAUGCCAAGGAGAGUGCUUCUGCAUUACAUGGCCAGCAGGAUAGCCACGAGGAUUAUCUACCCCUUAUGGGUCCUUUGUCCUAGCAUUAGCACUUUUCACCUUUAGGCAUUUAGCUGGUUGUUU